ACUAUCAGAUAGCAGUAGUCUGGCCGAGGCGCUGCGGGGCGACACGUGGGAGUCAGGGGAUCGAGUUGUGACUGGACGUAAUGUGCGACUUGAGGCUGUGAGACGGGGAGGCCUCAACCACGCCAUGAGGCUCGCCGCGCCUCUCCUCCUCCGCCUUCUCCCGACCAUGCUGCUGGUGGGCUGGGCAGCGGGGGAGGACGGGAAACAGAGAAAGGGGGCACAACUAGAUCAGUUCAUGGAGGAAGUGCGAGGAGCGCUAGCCAGUCAGUGGGACCUGCUGCAGAACCUUCGCUACCACACACUGAGCAUCAAGGUGCGUCUGGUCAAGCUGGAGGCGCAGAUGCAGAGCCUCGCCGACCGCCUGGAGUCUCGGGGAGACAGCCAGGACGCAGACACCCGCAUCUCGAGGGAGAAAGCGUCUUGUGAUGACAACAUGAACAGGACUCUAGGUGCUGACGAAGCUGACUUUGAUGAAGAGAGAGAAGUCACUGGAAUGGACAACUUGUUGGAGGCCAUGAGAAAUCUCACCCAGGUGUACUCCAUCCUCGCUGACUCCAGCAGCCUGUGUGGCGGGACAAACCCUGGGAAGGCCCCGUCUGGGCCUGACAAAACCACUACCACCACCACCACUACCACACCCCCCACAGACAGGAAGGAGUGUGCGGAGAAUGACGAAGAGAAGGAGGAGGAGGGAGACACUGAGUUCCGUCACAGCACCAACGUCACGGCGCGCCUCGGGUCCAAGGCUAUACUUCGCUGCCGCCUGGACCACCUGCAAGACCCCGAGCAAGCCGUGUGGAUUAGAGUGCGGGACCAAAACUGGUUGUCACAGGGAAGACACAAAGUAGUCGCAAACGAAAACAGGAUCGCCGUGGACUUUGCCAACGAGGAACUGAAAUAUUACCGCCUGUUUCUGAAGGACGUGAGGCGCGAGGACGAGGGCGCCUAUGAGUGCAACCUCUCCACGACUCCCGCUGUCCGCCAAACCAUCUGGCUGACUGUUCUGGACCCAGCGCCCUCACCACCGUGCUUCAAACACUUCCCGCGCGACAGGCUGGCGGUGGAGGGGCAGGACGUGACCUUCAUCUGCCGCGUGUCAGGUUACCCGCGGCCCUCCAUCACCUGGACCAGAAAUAGUCUACAGGUAUCGUCCUCCGCGCGCCAUCAGAUCACUCCUGCAGGGGACUUGAUCAUAAGGGGUGUGAGGCGGGGUGACGCGGGCCGCUAUGUGUGUGAAGGCGUCAAUUCCAAGGGACAAGUGGACAGCGAGGCGCUACUGACUGUGCGCCAACCCACCAAGAUACUAAGGACGCCUCGGGACAAAGAGCUACUAGUGGGUGAAGACACGAUGUUCAGGUGUCGAGCCAAAGGGGACGAGGGGACGCCGCUGCUGGUGGAGUGGCUGAAGGACGGCGUCACUCUAAACGUCUCUACCGACGUCACCAGCAGGAGGUUCAUCAGUUCAAACAACGCCCUAGUGAUCACCCUCGCCGUGGUGGAGGACUCGGGCGAGUACACGUGUCGCGCCUCCACGCCCUUUGAUGUGGCCUCCGCCAGCGCCACCCUCACCGUGCGGGAAGAAGGCGACACCACCUCAGUCACUACCACCACCACCACCGCCACCACCACCACCACGCUGCCCCUCCUGCUGGACUACUGCCCUCCGCCCUUCGAGAGGAUCCAGAAGUACGUGUGUGUCCUGGAGAUCACACACAUGAAGCUCAACUGGGACGAAGCCGCUGAACAUUGCAGGCGGGAGGGCGGACAGCUGGCUUGGGAAGGUGAGGGUAAACGCGUUCUGCAAGACUUCCUGGAGGCGCGUUACGGCCUCAGCUGGAGAUCCACGUCGAGCAAUACACGCUGGCCAUUCUGGGUCGGCGGACGAGAGAGCAACGGAGGCCAGUGGCAAUGGCUUGACGGGUCGCCAGUGUCGCCGGGCAUCUGGGCGCCACAACACCGCAGGCCGUCUGAACGCCGCGCCGCCAAGGAGGACUGGUGCCUCAUGUUCGAUGGCUACCAAGGCUAUCUCGGCACGGCCCUCCCCUGCCACUCCAAGCGGUACUUCCUGUGUCGCCUCAAAUGAAUCUAGGCGAGCAGAGCAGCGACGUUCCAUACCAUUCUGCUGACCUCGGAGUCUUUUUUCCUGAUGAGCAAGUCUCCGGUUCAGCUGACCUCAGUGAAAAUAAAUGUCUGCGUGCACUUUCUUUCGUACGCACUGUGUUUUGCUGAGUUGCUGACUGAUAUCUACACGCAAUGUGGGUUUUCAUCUCCGCGUUUGUCGCGUAACACUCAUGUGGCAUAAAACAUGCAAGAGAGAAAUCUAUGUAUGCUUCAUGCUGCUUGUGCGCCAAGUAAAAGAAAAUGUAAAAAAAACCUUUAUUAAUAAACUAUAAUACAUAUA